AUGCUUACCUUGUGGCCGAAAUUCUCACUCAUCGACAAAAUAACAAAGAUAAAGGUAUCUCGACUCAAAUCCCUGCAGAGGAUUACACUGGGGGCAGGAGUUGUUGGUGAUAGCGGGCAAGUGUUUGAGUCACAUGCUCACUUCAUCGCUGAUAAACACGGCCAGGUUGAUGUUUGUCGUCAUCCGUCUGUGGGUGGAUCUUACAGCGGAGUAUCAGCCAUGGGACUGUUAUGGAGCAUGUUACCUGCACUGGGUCAGAGAAAAGGAAUUCGACUGGUGAAAUCUGAUGUCACUAAACCUUACAAUUUCACCCUGAACUGUUUUGAUGGUCACAUAAGUCCGCAGGAAUCAAGCUCUUCCCAGCCUUUAUCAAGUAAAACGUUUGAGAAGGGGUACAUGGCGAAUGGAGUGAAUAGAAUUCCUGUGAAAGAAGGAAGAAUCCGUGCGCCUCUUUUUCUUCCACCAGGUGAUGGACCCUUUCCCG